AUGGAGGAUAAUGUAGUACAAAUCGCCGAUGGGAAGCCUCUUUCAGCGUUCCACAGCCAAUUGAAGGCCUUUGAACUCGCCGUGGCGAAGGAGGGUGAGAGGCGCAAGGCCGAAGAGGAUCAGAAGUUUAAGCAUAUCACCCAGCAGAUCACGCGACUUAGCGCUGAACUCAGGCUUGAAGUUCAGGAGAGGCUAGAUGCCAAAGAGCUUCUGCAGAAGACAACAUUUGAGGCGGCAAAUAGGAUGCUCAAUGACCUCCAAACAAAGCUUACACGCAGGGUGAACUCAAUUGCUGAACGUCUGGACGCCUUAGUUGCUCGUUGUGCAUCUGUUGAGGGUGCAGUUAACGAUCUGUCACAACGAAUAAAUCAGUCUUUUGAUUUCAAAAUGCUACAAAAUGACCUUAACGAACUGCAUCGGAACAUCAAGAAUGAUAUUGCCAUCAAGGUUGAAAAGGACACAUCCUUAGUGAACAAGCUCAUGCACAUGGAGUACGCGAUUAAAUCGCGUCUAAACGACAUUGUAUUCUUGGGUAACGAGAGUAUAAAGGAACUGCGUGUCGAAAUGAUGCGCCUAUCGGAGUGGGUUUCAUCCUGGCAGAGCUGCUUAUGGAAUGUCAGGCGGAUUGCCUCAGAUGUCGGUCCCAUGUCUCCACAAAUCAUGGAAGAAAUAAAUACGCUCAAGACGGCCAUGGAGCUUGCCACGAGGGCCAGGAAGGAGUCGGAUGAAGGACUCUUUGAGGCGUUUGAGCAAAUCGUAAGGGUGUUGCCACGCAAUAUACAAAAUGAGGCCAAUGGCAUGCGUAGAAUUAACGCCUUCGCAGAAUGA